GGCUAUAGCGCUACUCGACUCAAAAAGAACAACAAACAAUCAAAAUGGAUGUAGUGAUGGAUGCUGCCCAUGCUAUGAUCAGAGAGGACCAGACACCGUUUUCUGCUCUACCAGGCCAUCUUCAUGAACAUUGCUACAGCAAGAUUCAACCUGACUACGACGACCCUAUGGACACCACCCCUCCAAUAAAAAUGGCUCCUUCCUCAGGAGAGAGGGCUGGUCUCACCUUACUCAACCAGGAGCAAGACACCUUCGAAACAGUCCUUCUUCAGCUUCUCCAAACAUUCACCCACCAUCAACGCCAAUCUAUUACUCAAAACGAAACAAUCAAGCCACUACUACAAAAUGGCACAUUUCCCGGUGGUGUAGACAUAUCUGCAGAAGCUCUGAGUACGCUCAGUCCCGAGCAAAUUAUGGCUCUGGUGACCAGCAACUCUGUCAACUAUGAGGUUAUUCAGCAAAUUCGGGCUCAGAAACAGAUACUAAAACAUGAUAGUGGGGAAAAAGUACCGGAGGUGGUUAAGCCUGAUUCAAGCGGUGAUAUAAGUCAGCAGCUGCUUCAAGUCACGCCUGAGCAACUCGUGCAUUUGCAGUCACAGAUCACUGAGCUCUUGAGCCAGCAGAAAGUGAAUAUCCCUGCGGAAUUGUCUCCUGAGCAACAGUUAGAGUUCAUACAGUCGCUGCUGGUACAGCAGCUGAAUGUGCCUCAGGCAGCAAACGCUGCUCCCAGUGUUGCUACUGAACCAGCUAAGAAGCAGGUAGCCCAGUCCCCUACUCUCGGUGGUAAGGCUCUAUCGAAACCACGUCCUGUCUCUAAGUCAACUGCGGCCAAGAGGAGGAGGGAGGCAGCGAAGAAGGAGCCAAAGAGGCCCCCGAAGCCUUACAACAUCUUCUUUGGGGAAGUGUACAGUGCAGUCAUGGCAGGGAACCCUAAGAUGUCUCUUACGGAGGCCUCACGAAUCAUCUCUGAAAUGUGGGAGGCACAAGGAGAUGAACUGAAGAAGCGAUACAAUGAGGCAUACGAGAAACUAGACGCUGAUUAUCAGAAAGCCAUACAAGAAUACCAGGCUGAGCAUUGUGAGCAAGCUACCACAGAGAAUCCUCUGACUCUCCAACAACUGCUAUCACAUAAUAAUAAAGAUAAAGCCCCACCCACAGGACCACCCCUCAUCUCUCCAGUGAAUGCCCCAGCACCUCACGUUACAAGAGUGGAGCCCAUGAAGACUGAGUUUUCGGCUCUAGUCGUGGAGGAGAGUAUGCAACUGUCUCAGGACGUUGCCACACAAGAGGAGGUUACCUUGGAGAAGGUGUUGAAUAGCACAACUUGUGAUCCUGGGAUGUGUGCAAACAGUGGGUGUUCUAACAUGGCCGUCUUCUCUGAAGAGAGGGGACCGGAGUUUUGCAGCUCAGAGUGUGUUGUAAAGCACUGCAGAAAUGUUUUUGACAGCUGGCUCGGCAACAGAGGGAUCAGAACAUGAACAAUGAAGAAUUUAAGUACUUGUCAGAACAUUAAUAAAUCUAGAAAAUUUACGUGCACAUAAUGAAUCAAGUUUCAUCUCAAUUUCAGUCUCAUUGAAUCAAAACAUG